AGUUUAUAUCUUGCUGUCCUAUCGAUUUUUUUGCGAGUGGCAAGAUGGAGUUUGCUGGGAGUAGAACCUCUUUCUAGGUGAAUAUACAUAUGAUAAGUACAUUGUUUAAAGUGAUAUAAAACUGGAAGCGGUCAUUUCUUUCAUUACUAUUCCCAAAAUUUGCUGCUGUUGAUUUUAAAGCGCUUACUGUAAACAUAUUCUUUGCAAGGUCUGUUUACAUAGCUAUAUAAAAAUAUGGGACUGUUAGAUAUUUGUAAUUUAAAUGGUAUUUAUCUAUAAUAUUUAGGUGAUUUUUCAAUCCUAACUAUCAAUAUAGGUAGCAUUAGUAUAAUCUAUGGUACAAGUCAAAAAGUAGCAACUUAGAAUGUCUCCAGAGUGACUUCUAAACAAUAAAAUGAAGUUUCUUUGGGCCGUUAACAUUCUCUUUAAGGCGUAGUGAACAACAUUUAAAAAAAGCUAUUAGUAAUUAAUCGCUAAUUUUGCUAUUUGAUCCAAUCGAAAAUUACUCUUGACCCAAUAACGUUUUUUCAAACCUUUUAUCUACAAUAUGUCAAUAUUGGCAUUUUAUCAUACAUACAAUAUACAACAAAGUGUCCUUGUGUUAGAUUGUUUAUUUGAAAAAAAAAUCUAUAAUCGAAUUCUGUAGGGAAUGAUAGCCAGUUAAAAUUCUAGACCUCUUCAAAUGAAACAUAGGAAAGAAAGGUUAUUAUUGAUACCAGGGGGCGACAAAAACUUUCUAUUUUAUUUUGCAGUCGCAUACUGUCUCAAUAGUUUGAGAGCAAUUGAUUAAAAUUGUACUUUUAGCUGUUUGAUGUUAAAUAUAGGAGAUGAAAUUUUACACAAGGAAUAUUUACAUCUUCAGGUCUUUAAAAAUGAGAUUCCGCUUGCGAGUAAUCGCUCUUAUUGGCUUAGUAUGUACAUCGGUUGUUUUCCUAAUUGCUCGGAGGAGAAGUGUUGAAGUGAAAGGAAAAAUGUUAGAAGAUGCUAAAAGUUUGCUUCAAAUAUCUAAUACUGACACUAAAUGUGUAAAGAAUAAACUAGAAUUGUGGCCUAAUUUUAUUAAACAAUUGUAUGAAAGUCAUAAUGCUCAACCUCUAAAUUGCAACCGAGAACCAGAUUGGGUAAUUGUUAAAAAUGGUCGAUUAAAAUUUGUUGUAAAAGCAAAACAUGUUACCUGUGAUGCCACACCUUACAAAAGGAUAGACGAUGCAACGUAUGAAGCAUUGGCAGAAGUUAAGGGUUUAACUAGUGGUUCUCCAGUUCCUGCAGAUUUUUUCGAGUUAACUUGCAGGGGUAUGAAGGAAGGAACAAUUAGUACUUAUUCAAAUUAUCAUGCGGCCAUCAAAACAAGAAAAGAAAUUGACGAGAGGCCUGUAACAAGUGAUAAAAAAUGGAACGUUAUUAUGUUCGGUUUUGACAGCGUCUCCCGGAUGCAGUGGAUGAGGCUGUUGCCGAAAACUUAUGCAUUUUUAACGAAAGAAUUGGGAUCCGUUGUCCUCGAAGGCUAUAAUAUUGUAGGUGACGGAACGCCUCAAGCACUUUUGCCAAUUUUGGCUGGGAAGCCGGAAACAGAGUUACCGGAAGCCAGAAGGAAUUAUAAAGAUGCUAGUACUUUGGAUGGGCAUCCCUGGAUAUGGAAAAAUUACACGGCUAAUGGAUACAUUACCCAGUGGGGAGAAGAUGAAUUCCACUAUGGUACUUUCCAAUAUAGGAUGCUGGGAUUUAGGAAACCUCCAACAGAUUAUUACGUUAGACCCUUUCAAAAACUUCUCAGAAAGAGAAAUAAUUUUUGUACUGGUUCCGUUCCAGGACAUAAAGUGUUCAUGAAUUGGAUAAAUGAACUAUGGCGAGUUUAUAAAGAUAAGCCUAAAUUUUCCUUCCUCUUUCAUUCAGCAUACAGUCAUGACUAUGUAAAGAAAUUGAGCAUUGCUGACGAUGAUGUACUAGAGUGGAUUAAAAGUCUUCAAUCUUCAACAGCACUGAAAGAUUCGUUUUUAAUAUUUAUGGCCGAUCACGGACCUAGAUUUUCUUCACUUAGAUCCAAUGUUCAGGGAAAAUAUGAGGAACGAAAUCCCUUUUUUUCGAUCAGAAUUCCAGACGAAUUUCAAAAACUUCAUCCCAAAGCAUUGGAAAUUUUAAAAGGAAAUGCUGAACGUCUCACAACACCUUUUGAUGUUUAUUCUACUUUGCUAGAUAUACUCAAUUAUAAACCUGAUAUGCCUAAUCCUACUAAUCAGAGAAGUUUAUCACUUCUUAGACCUAUUCCUAAGGAUCGAAACUGCGAAAGCGCUGGUAUCCAAACUCAUUGGUGCUCUUGUCUCUCUUGGAAGAAAAUUGAUUUAAAGGAUAAAAUUGUCGUUAAUGCUGUAAACACUUUGAUAGACGCCUUUAAUAACGAAAAUAAUAAAUUAGCAACAGGCUUAUGUCAUAAACUAUCCCUGAAAGCAAUUAGUAAUGCCUCAAUGUACGAACACGGAAGAGACAUGCUGAAAUUUAGAAAAAGUGCUGAUACCGACGGUCGCAUUCCAGACUUUUCUGACAAUAUGAGUACAGAUGCUGCUCACUUACGGGUUAAUUUUAUUACUUCACCAAAUGAUGGAAAAUACGAAGCAACGUUAAUUUUAAAUUUAAGUAGUAAAAAAAUUGAUCCCGACCUUAAACAAGUGUCAAGAGUUGACAGAUACGGUGAUCAACCAAAGUGUAUUGUUGAUAGAUUUCCUGACUUAAGACAGUUUUGUUAUUGUGUUUAG